AUGCAUCAAGUAGAGGACGAUUUAGAAGUUACAGGAGCAGAUAUACUCGGAAAUAUCAGCACCGGCAGGGGAAGAUCCAAGGCUUCUCAGGUCGUCAUUAAGCGAAACCCAUGUAAAAACCUCGGAACAUGGAACGUUAGGACCAUGCUAAAUGCUAGCAAAUUAGAGAAUAUUAAACUAGAAAUUAUGAGAUUAGACAUAGACAUACUAGGUGUGAGCGAAGUUAGAUGGUCAGGAAAUGGUGAUUUCUGGUCAGACGACUACCGCGUUAUCUAUUCUGGUGAUGAAACACCAGGACGAGCGGGUGUAGGAUUUAUUAUAAAUAAGAAAUGGGGCCACCAAAUAGUGAGCAAAAUAACAUAUAAAGAUAGGCUUAUAUUGAUUAAGCUUAGAGCUAAACCAAAUGAUAUAGUACUAAUCCAAGUGUAUUUUCCCACAUCAGAUGCAGAAGAUGACGCUAUAGAAGAGGUAUAUUCUGGCCUAGAAGAGCUUUGUAAAUUAGCAAAAGGAGAAGAUAAUUUAAUAAUAAUGGGUGAUUGGAAUGCUCUAGUAGGAGAAGGUGCAGAGGGUCAAGAAGUAGGUGCAUUCGGUUUAGGANUUUUGAAUGAGUAACACGAAUCAUGUUCACUCCAAUAAAUCUCGCGUAAAAUAAAAAUAUUUUAAUGUUUGCGACAGUCGAUAUACUAAAAUGAAAACGGCAAUUAACAGACAAACUUUACUUGCUCUAUUUUUAAAAGGACUCUCACACGUAUGCGUAAUAAACCGCGUACGAACAAUUAUUCGUUACCUAUUCUUGUCUAAUCAUUAAAGCAAUUCCGUACGGCAUACGGCUAUUUAUACAAGAAAUGAAUAUUAUAAAUCACCUAAAUACAGACGUGUUUGUGUAGUACGAUUCAUAUACUUACGUGUUCGUAUUUGAUUUGUAUACAUCUGUGUUCGUAUAUAAUAAAUAUUUAUAUACUUAUAAAUUUAUUUACGUGUCUUAAUACGAUUUUUAAACCUGAUUACAUAAAUUUGACGGUUUUGAAAACAUACGAAACAACGAAAAAAUAAAGUUAAUACCAAGUGACUCUACGGUAGAUAAAUGGAAGAAAAUAAAGGAUGCUAUACAUAACGCAGCCAGCAACACGUUGAAAAGAAACUCACCAGAGCCUAGGAAACCAUGGAUAAACAAUAACAUUAUAAGAGAUAUUGAAGAAAGAAGGAAGUAUAAAAACGCCAUGGAUAAUCAUGGAAUACGAAGAUAUAAAGAGCUGAAGAAGAAAAUUAAUAGAGAGGCAAAAUUUGCAAGAGAGAAAUGGUUAGAAGGAAAGUGCCAAGAAGUGGAACAAUUGCUUAGGAAUAACAGGUUGGAUCAAGCGUUUAACAUAAUUAAGAAAUUCUUUAGAGGAAAAAAGAAACUAAACAGAAGAAUAAGAGACAUAGACGGAAACUUGAUACUGGACAACGACAAAAUAACAACAAGAUGGAAAAAAUAUCUUGAAGCUCUAUACCAGGAAGGAGAAGCCGCUAAUCUCAAUAAUAAUAACAACCCAGAUAUGCAAGGAGAAGAAAUCUUAAGAGGCGAGUUUAGCAGAAGUUUAAAGUUAAUGAAAACAGGUAAAGCAGCCGGUACAGAUGACAUAGCAAUGGAACUUAUUCAAAAUGCGAGUACAGAAUUACAAGACGAGCUAUUCAAAUUAGUGAAUGAUAUAUACACUACAGGAGAGAUCCCAAAAGACUUCAAGGAAAGCAUUAUAAUACNUUAGAACAAUAAGUUUAAUGGCACACACAGCUAAAAUCCUAGUAAAGAUAAUAUGCUCCUGAAUUGAGAGCAUAGUAGAAAAAGAGUUAAGCAACGACCAAUUCGGGUUCAGAAGGAACAAAGGUACUAGAGAGGCAAUCUUAAGCUUAAGAUUAUUGAUAGAAAAACAAAUAGAAUUUAAUAAAGACACAUUUAUAGCGUUUAUUGAUUUGGAAAAAGCUUUCGAUAAGGUACCAUGGAAAGGUCUAUUCUAUACUUUAGAAGGAAUAGGAGCUGACUACAAAGAUAGAAGGAUAAUAUAUAAUUUAUACAAAGACCAAUCAGCUAUAAUAAAAGUUACAGACAAAACAGAGACGGCGAUAAUUAGGAAGGGUGUAAGACAAGGGUGUCCACUCUCCCCAGCUUUAUUUAAAAUUUCCGUCAAACAGCCUAUCAAAGAAAUUAGAGAAACACUUUUCAGAAAUAAAAUAGGCAUAAAAGUGGGUAGAGAAAUAAUAUCCUUCUUAAGAUUCGCUGACGAUAUUGCACUCCUAGCUACCAAUGAGCAUGAUUUGGAAAGAGCACUGGAAGAAAUGUCGAGGUGCUUCCAAAAAUAUCAGCUGAUUAUCAACUGGCAAAAAACUAAAGUUAUGAUGUUGUUGAAGUUAUGA